AUGGCAGGCACCAUCCAGCCCAACGACACAAAUAUGGCCAACACCGGCACCCUCCCCUUCUCCAGCAUUCCCGACCUCGACCCUCCACUCACCCUGAAGAAGCCCACCGCCCCCCGCUCACCACGCAUCGACGUCGAACCUCUCUACUCCGCCGUCAAAGGCGCAAUCAGCGACGCGGAUUGGACCACAUACAAGACAUCACUCACACAAUUCUUCCUUGGCAACCUCAACCAGGAGGAGUUGAGCUUCAAGCUCGGCAAGAUUCUCAACACUGCUGCCCUAGAACACGCGCACAACACACUCAUUGCGGCAAUCUAUGCAAAUAUAUGGCGCGACGCGCCCGAGCCGGGUAUUGCCUCAUGGGUGUCGUCGACCGACAAGCCUUCCAGUUCGACGGUCAAGGGCCAAGGGGACGAGAGCGAGAAAAGGCUGAAGUAUGAGGUUAUGCAACUGUCGAGACGGGAGCGGAAAAGGCUGAAGACUAUCCCUGCAGCCGAGACCGGAGUGCAGGACGCAAUCGGCGGAGGGGCGGGAACUGGAGCAUUGGGACUGGUGAACGAGUUGGCGGAGAUGAGGCGAGGGAAACAGCCUGAAAUUGGCCCUGUGGGUCCAACUGGAGGGUAUAAAACCAACUGGGAUCUCGAAAUCCGCAAACGCUAUACCGCACCCCUCUUCUCCGAAACCCACGAAUUCCCCACCUCGCUCUCCAUCUCUGCCCGCCUCCUUCCCACCUGCUACGAGUUUGGCUUACCCCAAGGCCACACCCCCGAAUGUCCCGACCUCAUGAACCUCGCGACCGAGACGUACAUCAAGGAAGCCCUCGCCUCUUUCCUUGGCAAGGUAGCGGUGAAUGGGGUUGGGUACGUCAGGACAGGCGCAUUCAAGAAGAGGGUCGAGCGCGAGGAGAACGCUGUCGAGAGGGGGGAGGCUGUAAGGGACGGAAAGGGUGAACUACCUGUUGAGAGCGAGGAGCGGCGGAAACGGAAACAGCUCUGCAUGGAAGACCUACGUUUGGCAUUACAGCUAGGUGAUGGGUAUCUGGGACAGACGCCGAUACUAGCUGGCAACAUCACAAAUUCCACCUUCUUGGAUGUGCCAGGGAUAGAAGACAUCUAUCCUUUGCCACAGAAGCAGAAGAAGAAGGAGAGAGCGAACGGGAUUGUAAACGGGAUCGAGCAAGACAAGAGCGGCCUGGCGAAGUGGCUCGGUGACGGCAUUACAGUCGACUUCAAAGACAGUGUGGAAGGAGACAAGAUGCAAGUCGACGGCGAGGACGAGAUGGCGACUUGGAUGGGCGGGAGUGUAAGAGACGUUGGCGAAUUGGAUUCGGCGCUGGACGACGUGCUAAAUCUGGGCGACUUGUAG